UACCUGCUUGCCAGGAGUUGAUAUGACGGAGACGGCGCCAUGCAGCUAGGAGGUGGCUAGCGUGCCCGUAGUCAAGAUGGCGGCAGCAAUGGAGUUCAGGCUGCCGGUGGCUCGCAAGCGGCUGGCGCAGAGUUUGCCCCGCGGGGCAGAAGAGGGAGACAAGGACCUGGUGGCCCCGGGGGACACCAUCACCACCGACCCUGGAUACAUGAGAGGCCACGGGACAUACCUGGGAGAUGAGAAACUUAUAGCAUCUGUGGCUGGUGUCGUGGACAGGGUGAACAAGCUGGUCUGUGUGAAAGCUUUGAAAGCGAGGUAUAACGGCGAAGUUGGUGACAUCGUGGUUGGGCGAAUCACAGAGGUUCAGCAGAAACGGUGGAAAGUCGAGACCAAUUCCAGGCUGGAUUCUGUUCUGCUUCUUUCAUCCAUGAAUCUCCCCGGAGGGGAGCUGAGGCGAAGAUCAGCUGAAGAUGAACUUGCAAUGAGGGAUUACCUGCAGGAAGGAGACCUCAUCAGUGCAGAAGUCCAGGCAGUGUUCUCUGAUGGGGCAGUAUCGCUGCAUACCCGGAGUCUGAAAUAUGGAAAGCUCGGCCAAGGUGUGCUUGUGCAGGUGUCUCCAUCACUCGUGAAACGGCAGAAGACUCACUUCCACGACUUGCCUUGCGGGGCCUCCGUUAUCCUCGGCAACAACGGGUUCAUCUGGAUCUAUCCGACCCCUGAACAGAAGGAUGAAGAAGCUGGAGGUUUCGUCACCAACUUGGAGCCAGUGCCCCAGCCUGACCGUGAAGUCAUCUCCCGCCUCCGAAACUGCAUUGUGGCUCUAGCGGCACAGAAGCUGAUGCUCUAUGACACCAGCAUUCUCUACUGCUACGAGGCUUCUCUUCCUCACGAGAUCAAAGACCUUCUCAAACCAGAGGUGAUGGAGGAGAUUGUGCUGGAGACUCGGCAGAGACUGAUGGAGCUGGAGGGGUGAUUGUAGGAUGAAAGUGGCGAGGCGGCGAUCCUUUCUUUCAGUGAUCUAGCCUCCCCAAGGUUCCUUUUUUUGGUAUGGAAUUUCUGACAAAUCCCAAACCGAAGAGAAAAAGCAGAAGGGACCACGGAAGUGACAAGAGCUCUUGUUUAAGAACCUUCUUUGUUGUUUAGAAGAGUGUUAGAAACCGAGAGAGGCCUGUCUUGACAAGUUGUAUUGGCAGAGGAGGCACCUGCAAUGUUGCAUCCUAACGUGAAAAUAUUAACAGAAAAAUAUCCAAGAUUCAGAGGGGAUGGGUCGUAGGAUGGAUACUUGGUUUGAAUAGCAACUGUUCUUGUUCUGUUGAUACGGUCUUUAGGAUGUCUUUUUUUUUAAUCAUUCUUUUCCUUUGUUAAAGACCUCUGUGAACUUACCAUGCAUUUCAGUUACAUUCCACCUUCCCUGCCAAAUCUGUCUGAGCCUUGCUGAGGAGGCAGUUGCCACCCCCUCCUGCAUGCUGCAUUCCAGUAUUCUAUAAUGGUUGAGGAUCCAUUUUCACAGCACAGUGAGGACGUAACCAAUCGCAGUAGAGAAACAAGGGGGCUGCUAUUGGAAAAUGGCAGCUCUGAGAUGUCCCCCUUCCUUCGUGCACCAUAACGUGGAAUAUAAUUUAUUCCACUUUCCUAUCCUGCCACCAUUAUGCAAUGCUUCUUCCACUCUUCCUGGUGUGCAUCAAUGGCUGCCGCCAGUGGGAAACUGCUUGCUGCAAUGCCAUCUGGACACGAUGUGCAAGUCAUUCAGCAUGUUACGAAAGAGGGCAAACAGAGCUGGAGGUUUUGGCCGUGUCCUUGUUUCUUUACAACACACAAGUUCAGCCCUCAAGACUUGCUGAUUAAAAGACACAUUAAAUUUGAAAGCCUACAAACUUGGCUGCCGCACCCCUGGACACCACCCCUUUGGAAAACGGCUGGCGAUUUGGUCUGGAGACAGUACAGCCCACGGGCUAUGCAUCAUCCAGUGACGCUAUACCAUGACUGGCAGAUGCAGUUGUGACGGCUCCUAGCGAUGGUAUACAAGCGGUGCAGCCUCCAGACCUGUAGGUAUGCUUGAGAUUUGCCAAGGCUGUUGUCUGACUUGAUGCUAUAGAGGUGGGAGGCUGAGUUGGCAGUCUUUGUUGCAGGUUGUACUCCAGCUUGUGAGCUCUUUGGCCACAAGCAGAGUGAUCAUGUAGGAUUCUUUGGCUGGCCUCCCAAUUCACAUAAUUCCCUAACAAUUGGCCAUGAUGGCUGCAGCUGAUGGGAACUGGGAGCCCAACAACAUUUAGAGGGAACCAGGUUUUCCAUUCCUGAUUGAAGAAAAGGCAUUCCCCCCUCUCUCAUCAGGGAAUGCCUCCUCUAAAUAGAGGCAUUUCAUUUCUUGCAAUAGGGAAUGCCAUUGCUUAGAUCAGGAAUGGGGGACCUGUGGCCCUCCAAAUGUUGCUGGACUCCCAUCAUCCCUGACCAUUGGCAAUUCUGGCUGCUGGGAGGUGGAGUCCACCUACAUCUGGAGGGCUACCUCUUUCCUAGCUGUGACCUAGCCAAAGGGCAGCUUUACAAUCGUGACAUGUAACCAGCGUCUUUUAAGAGCAUCCGUGAUACUGUGGAUGACUCCAGCUGUGAGGGAUUCUAAUUUUUUUUUUUGUACUGGAGAACUGUAAAAAUAUUCCAAUAAACUUUGUUUUGUUUUUA